AUGUCCUCUGCUUAUGAUGCCACCACCAAGAUCUCCAUUGACAAGUUCGACGGCGACAACUACGCGACAUGGAGCCGCUACAUGCGUGGCGUGUUCCUGACCAAAUCGGCGUGGCACGUGGUGAACCGGGAGACCACCCCCACCUUCGCCGAUCCUCGCGCCAGUGACGACUACGUCAAGACGAACAACAUUGCGUUCGGCUUGAUGCUGCUGCACAUGAGCGCGGAUUAUCAUCACGUGGUUGAUGACUGUGAAGAGGCGUGGGUCGCGUGGGCGCGUUUGAAGACGCUGUACGGCGGGUCGCAGAAGGCUGGACGCAUCUACUUGAAGCGCCAGCUGUUCAGCAUGGAGAUGGCGGAAGGCGGCAAUGUGAUGCAUCAUUGCAACGAAGUCCUCAACAUCAGCGCGAAGCUCAGCAGCAUCGGCGCCAAGAUGGAGGACGAGGAAGUGGCGAUCUGCUUGUUGCGCAGCCUCCCCAAGAGCCACGAGAACGUCGUUCUCAACUUGGAGAUGAGCAGCGCGGAACUGCGAUCGCGAGACGUCGUGAGAGUGCUCACGAAUGAGCACAUCAAGAGGCAAGGUGACAAGACGACAUCGGUGAAGACUGAAGACGCGGCGAAGGCGUUCAGUACCGAGCGUGAACCUCGCCAGUGUACAUACUGCGGAAAAUUGGGGCACACGGCGGAGCGGUGCUGGACCAAGCAGAAGGACGAAAAUCAAGGUGCAGCUCGACGCGGCGGCAACAAUGCUCGUGGACGCGGAGCCAACAACGUUCAGUGGCGAACCAACAACAGCAACGACGACAACUACGAUCGAGUUGCGUUCGCGGUUUCGCUGGAGGCUGGACUUUCGACGGGCAAGAAUAUGCCAGGGAUGUGGGCAGUCGACAGCGGUGCGACGCAUCACAUCUGCAACGACAAAGCCAAGUUUGCAAGCCUGAAUGAGCGAGAGGAAGGCGAACUAUCAGUGGCUGAUGGCAGCAAGGCUGCGAUCAAGGGUGUGGGAACCAUCAUGGAACGGGUGGUUCUGCCCAAUGGUGACGAACGCGACAUCGAGAUCAAGGACGCACUGGUCGUACCAAGUAUGAGCAAGAAUCUGUUAUCGGUGCCGCAGAUUUACAAGGGUGGCAAGUUUCAAGUCGUGUUCGAUGGAUCCAAGAUGCAAGUGAAGCGCAAGAAUUCCACACAAGUCGUGGCAACAGCGGAUCUCGUCGAUGGACUUUACUGGAUGCGGACUCCUCAACGAUCGGCAAAUGCAGCAACACGCAAUGGGACUAUCGACUUGCAUGCGCGCAUGGGUCAUGCACCCCUCGAAGUUCUGCGCAAGAUGGUGGCCACCGGCAUGAUCAAGGACGCAAAGGCACCUCUCAACUCGACUGGUCCAAGUGUGUGUCGCGGUUGCCAGCAAGGAAAGAUGGUCCAAAAACCAUUCCCAAACCAACCGUGA